UACCUUAGCGCGACCCGUCUGUCUUUGAAUAGCACUUAACCAGAAAACAUCCCGUCAGACCAGUAUUUUUCCCUUUCUACCAACGUAUGAACAAUCGUGAGUUAAUCUUCAGUCGUUCACCUGCAACACAGGUAAGGUUUCCGCCCCGACACAUUUCGUGCGAGUGAGUGAGAGUUACUCAUGCUCCCAGAGAUCAACAUGUUCUUGAAGAAUGGACUGCUCAGCACCACCACAUAAUGAAUUGGAAUACACUACAGUGGGUGCUUCUCUUGGCAUGUGCUGGGCAAAUUCAUAGCCUUGCACUGCGUUUCAGCGUCCUGGAGGAGCAAGAAGCAGGCCUUAAAAUCGGAACUCUAAGUACACACUACUCAUCUCCAUACCGGCUUCUCAAUGAAAGAUACAUCAGGGUGGAUGAGAUAACAGGGGAUCUGUUCACUAAAGAUCGCCUUGAUAGAGAAACUUUCUGUCCAUCACAUCAGGAUGGAGAAUGUACUUUUUUAAAUACUGCAGUCGUGAGCCUUAAUUUGGAAGUAGUUCCGAUAGUAAUUGUUGUGGAUGAUAUUAAUGACAAUGCUCCUGUUUUUGAGAGGAAUGAAAUUCCUCUACGCAUACCUGAAGAUGCGCCAAUUGGGACAGCUUUCCUGCUGGACGACCAAGCCCAGGAUAAGGACACUGCAAAUAAUGGCUUGAUACAUUAUCAUUUAGAGGGAUCUGGUGGAUUUUUUGGCAUCAGACAAGAGGGGUAUGAACUCGAGCUCAUAGUACAAAAGGAACUAGACCGGGAAACUGUGGAUAACUACUUCUUGGUUCUUGUAGCAGUAGACGCAGGUUCAAUGCCUCUCAGUGCUACUGCUAAUCUCAGUGUAACAGUAACCGAUGUUGAUGACAACUGUCCAGAAUUUGAUGAUGAUAGCCCCAUCACAGCCAUUGUGCCAGGAUUAGGAAUCAAGGGCACUGCGGUGGCUCAGCUUAAAGCAACAGACAAAGACCUGGGCCAAAAUGCCCAGAUCACAUUCUCCUUCAGCCGUCAGAUCUCAGACAGAGCCAAAACACUCUUUUACAUGGACAGACACACAGGCCUGAUCAGCUUAGCAGUUGACGUGCACAUUGACAGUCCUGAGGAGCACAUGCUGAAAGUUUUUGCGAAUGGUCCACUUUGCCCCCCCGCACAAGCUCAGGUAACUGUAUACAUUCAGCCCGUGGUGAGCUCUGAGCCGACCAUAAAGAUCAGGUUUGUCACAGAGCAUAAAAACCAAGUAAUCAUGUUACAAGAGAACGAACCCCCCACCGUCUUGGCCCUCUUGGAGUUGGAAGACACCUCUAGUGAAAAAGGUACUCUGUCCUUAGAAACAGACAGCAUGCCAUUUUCUUUGAAACAGCAAGCAGGCAGCUAUUUGCUUUCAACAUCAAAAGCUCUAGAUUUUGAGCUGUGCAGCGAGUAUGAUGUUACAGUUGUUAUUUCUGAUCCUCAUGGCGCACGCCUACAUGGAAGGGAAGUGAUCAAAGUGGUGGUUCAAGAUCUGAAUGAUAAUGCCCCAAAGUUUGAACAAACACGUUAUGAAACAGACAUCAAGGAGAACAACAAGCCUGGAGAGUUUCUGCUGAAGGUACAGGCUAGCGAUGCAGAUGGCCAUCAGUUUGGCAAAGUAGGGUAUAAGAUUACAAAUAGGAGUCCUUUCAGAAUUCAGGAAGAGACAGGUGUGAUAUUGGUCACGGAGUCUUUGGACAGAGAACAGCAGGGGACAUACGUCCUGACUGUUCUUGCUCAGGAUGGUGGCAAUCCUUCUCAGGAGGCCUUUGCUAUUGUGUUCGUAAAUGUACUGGAUAUGAACGACAAUCCACCAGCCUUUCCAACACCACAUUUCUAUUUUUUCGUGUCUGAGAGCCUUCCGCAUCUUUCUCAAGUUGGUAAAGUCACAGUAAGUGAUGUUGAUGACGGAGACAAUGGAAGAAUAGUGGAUGUGCGUAUAUUAAAUGACAAGGUCCCUUUCGUCAUAGACAUGGCACAAGGGAUGCUCCGCAGUACUGGCGAAGUCGACCGCGAGAAACAAGAUCGCUAUGAGCUUCUGGUUGUCGCUGUAGAUGGCGGCAGUCCAGUGCUCUCCACUACUGUGAAAAUGACUGUUUUUGUUGAGGACAUCAAUGAUAAUCAACCACAGGUCCUUCUUCCUAGCAGCAACCUCUCCUGUCUGACCAUAUCUCCAGCUACCCAGGCAGGAAGCAUGAUAACAAAGAUCUACGCCAUUGACGAGGACUCAGGAAUGAAUUCAGAUAUCACUUAUCAAAUUAUUGCAAGCGAACCGGCUCUCCAAAGCCCCUUUCAGAUUGACCAGCACUCAGGAAACAUCACCCUGGUCCAGCAUCUGCGCGGUGAAGACUACGGCAUGCACCACCUUUUCAUAGUCGUUCGCGAUGGAGGAAAACCAGACCCGCUGCAGACCACCAUAUGGGUUAAUCUGCUAGUCAAUGAGACUUUGGAAAAAUGUCACGUUAAAGCCGUCCCAGAAUACUCUCCACAGACACUGCCUACUUCAAUGCCGCUUUCUGUCAGAGGCUCCAGAUGUGAAUCAAAUUCAUGGCUCAUUUUUCUUUGUGGCCUGGCCCUGAUGGUCAUGUCUGUUUUUAUUCUUCUGGUGUCUGUAGUGGUAUUUAUAAAACGCAAAAAGACAAGAAGGAAAAUAGAAAAAAAGGAUGUUUGGGAAAGUAAAAAUAUCUGUGAACUUAAACCUUUAAACUAAUGCAAAGGCCUUACAGAUAUACUGGUGAAAUAUUUUGCAAGUAUGGCAGGAGUAAAAAUAUAUAUUUUUUUCUUUGAAAUAGUAUUCUUUGGCUAGUAUUAUAAGUACAUAAUAUAUUGCUGUAGUAUUACUAUGAUCUACUGUCAAGUCUAUUAGUGCUUUUGCCAAGAUUAUGUGUCUUUAAAUUUAAAAUAAACUUGCAAUAAAUACAUUCUUUAAGAUAUAAUAGAAAAAGAUGACGUGUCAGCUGAUUUACCAUGAAAGUUUUACAGAAACAAAAGCUGUUUUAUAAUUUUUUUAUCCUUGUGAACCACUCUUUUAUAUUGAACUUUAGAUAAAACCAACAGCAGAUCUUAUUGUGCAAAUAUUCAUCAGACUAUGAACCAAAAGUAAAUUAACGCUGGUUGGUGUUAAUUAAAUAAAAGAAGAAGUAAAGAUUACAAAGAUGCAGACAUAAGCCUCUGUGAUCCUCAAGGAUCUUCAACUGAAGAGAAUGAACACUUUUCAAGCAAUCCCUUAUGGUUAAAAGCAUCUUCAUUUCUGAAGCUCUUCGCAAUGUAGAUUGUACAACAUAGAUUGGGCUUUACAAGGAUGAACAGCAAAUAAUAAAAAGAUUUUUUCAUUGUGGAACAUAUUCAAUAGAUCAGACAGGCAGCAGAACAUAGUAUAGAAUGCUGGUACUAUAUAGUUCUUGUUAGUUCAGUUUAGAGGCAAGAAUCACGUCUUAAGCAGUUAAAGUUUGAGUAUGCAAAAUUAUGGCAAAUUAAUCCCGAAAAUUACCCCAACAAGGGGCGAGAUAAAAGAUGAUUAGACAUUAAUAAAGAUUGCUCCAUAUUUUUACAUUUCUGUACAGAGAUCUCACGUUUUGAUCUGUUGUUCUCAUGCAAUAACGUAAUGCGAUUUCGCAGAUCAGAGUUCACCAAAUUUGAACUUUUUAACACAGCCACAUGCAAAACUUGUCGCACAAGCUUGCAUUUCUGGUCUGUCUCAUUCUCCUGAGAAAAGUGCAGAAAAUGUUUCAAGUUUUCUCUCAUUUCAACUCUUUUUUCACCACAUUCAGAAGAGUUGGAGACAAAAAUAUGUGCAAGGAAUGAGGAAAUGGCAAACGAUUGUGUGUUGAAUGAAGUUUAUUUGCAAAAGAAUGUGGAUGAGAGAUAAACUCCUUCCUGUUGGCUCAGGUCCAUUAAACAAUAUUAACGGAUACAAUUUUUUGUUUUAAGAAUAGUAAAUCUUUAAAAGAAACUUUAAAUUGAACGAACCUUUAAAAUAUGUUUAAAAAUGCUUUAGCGGUCUUAAAUUGUUAGUUCAUGUUAAAUAAUAUAGUGACUUUGUGUUAAUGGGAUGGUUCUACCAGAAAUGAAAAUUCUGUAAAAAUUAUUUACACACCCUUCACUUGUUCAAAAACUUUUAGGGAUUCUUCUGUUGAAAACAAAAGAAAAUACUUUGAGAAAAAUGCCAGUUACUUUUAUAGUAGUUUUUUCCUACUAUGUAACUUGAUGGGUCCCACCAAAGAGCAUUCUUCUAAACAUCUUCUUUUGUGUUCAACAGAACAUAAAAACUCAUAAAGGUUUACCAGGCGAAGGAAAGUAAAUGAGGUAUUUUUCCUUUUUGGGUAUUUUCCCUUUAAAUAUGGAAAUGUAGGGUAAAGUGUUAUCAUGACAUUUUUUACCACAAGAAGUCUCAAAUGUUGCUAUAAUAAUACUGUGAAAAGCAUACAUGCUUCAACCUGUUUAGGCAGGUCUGUUUAGUACAGGUUGAAGGGGAGGGCACUUCCUGAAUAGUAAAGGAUAAAUGAGAAUUUAAUCUUGUAAGAAAUCACUGUCAUGAAGCUUCAUGGGUGAUUUCUUACAAGAAAUGUUUUUUUUACAUUUAGCAAGAUGAUUUCCAGAUUAAUUUAUUUAACUGUUUUACAUUUUAAACAUUCCUGCUUUAUCUCACAUCCCACAGAUCUGUUUCAUUUCCUACAUAUUUUUGAAACUUUUACUGUCAGUCUGUUGUAUAAUGUGGAAAAUACUAUUACUAACGCUAUUAAUCUUGCACCAUUAAACAGUUAUUUAAUUUUCAGAGUCAACAGAAAUGUUUUUACCAAAGGGGGUCACACUUUUUUUUGAUAUUCCGUUUGUUGAAUUUAAGUGUUAGUGUAAGUUGACAUGUACUUGCAAAGUUUCUUAUAGUCAGUUAAAGUGUCUUGCAGGAGCAGUGUUAACAGAUAUUAAGCAGACAGUCUACUAAUACUCAAAUGGAGCAUGAAAAUAAAGUGUUACCACCAAAAGUUCUGUAGGAGUACAAGAAGAUUAAUGAUAUCAGUUGUCUGAAUCAUGCUGAAUGACAAUUUAGCCUUCUGUAAACAUGGUUUAUGCAGAGCUGCUGCUUCUGAGUAAGAACCCUGGAGUUGGGCAUUGGGGCUGGGUUCAAAUGGAUUCAUGUCAAUGUAUGUAUUAAUGUCAAUGUAUGUAUAUUGUCAAUCACACUAUAUUUUAUAUAAUUAUAAAACAAUCCUUUUUUUAUUUCAGAUUUAUUAAACUUGACAAAAUAAUCCAGAGUUGUGCAGAACCAACCAAAAUAUAGUAUAGGUUAAUCUUUCUUAAGCUUUCCGAAGCUUUUUAGUCAAGAGCAAUGAAUAAUUUCCUCUUUUUAACAGCAGCAAUAAAGAUAUAUUAGCUUUAGACAGAUACAAUACACUCACAUGGAUAAAAUAUACACAUGUGAUUUUUGGCAUUUUCAGACAGCAUGCAAGUACUAAACUCAUAUUUAGUUGCUAAGAUGUGAAAAAUACAUUUAGGGGUUCCUUAAAUACCUUCUUUUAAUUUUUUUAACAUAAUAAUGACAAAGCUGCUUAUAUUUGUAUUCAUUUCUCUUUUGAUCUUUGUACUAUAUUUUAUCUGCUCCGUGUCCAGGCUUUUGUGUUCCUAACCUACAUAAACUGAAACCUGCACUCAGUUUUCAUUAUUAUUACUGUUAUCUUAUCAUUAUGCUGAGGUCAUAUUCAGAGUAUGAGUUACUUUGGCAUUCACUUUCAGCAUUGAAAAUACAACCAAGUCACAUGGGAAACUCAUUUGUGAAAUCAGUACCAAAUCAGGCGUUUUUUGCCAGUAAGCCUGGAAUUGUGGCAUUUUUAUAUGCAAAUGUAGAUAAUAUGAUAGAAUGAACAGGUCCUUGGGUGGCCCAGUGGCACAGUGGGUAGCGCUGUCGCCUCACAGCAAAAAAGUCGCAGGUUCGAGCCGCGGCUGGGUCAGUUGGCAUUUCUGUGUAGAGUUUGCAUGUUCUCCACGUGGGUUUCCUCCAGGUGCUCUGGUUUCCCCAAAGUCCAAAGACAUGUGCUAUAGGUGAAUUGCUAAAUUGUCCAUAGUGUAUGUUUGUGAAUGGGAGUGUAUGGGUGUUUCCCAAUGAUGGGUUGCAGCUGGAAGGGCAUCCACUGCGUAAAAUGUGCUGGAUAAGUUAAGACCACAGUGCAAAACCUACCCUAUAUAACGUUAGAGAAAAAUAUUAAAUAUUUCUUAUAAAAAAAAAAAACAUAGGAUUUAGUUUAAAUUUUGUAGUUUGUUUUUCGUUUGCAACACGUCAUUUUAAUUGAAUGCACAAUUUACACUAUUAUGUAUAAUGUUCACUAUUUGUGUCUUUCUUUUAAACCUUUUUAACUUGUUUUAAACAGAUUUUUAAUUUGUUUUAUUUCUUAUAUGUUUCUUUUAUUCUUGUUUAUGUAAAGCACUUGAAUUACCAUUUUGUAUGAAUAAAAUUGCCUUGCCUAAGUUG